CCAGAGAGCCCUCCUUCCCAAAUCUCCCUUCAGCUCCCGGCGCCCCAGGACCGGCCCGAGGUGGAGGGCCCGCUCUCGCAGCCUCGUCCCUCUCUCGGGUAGCCCGACUGGCGGGCGCGGGCAAUCUUUGCCCCGGCGAGUCCUUGAAGUCUAUAUUUAGCGCAUGCCACCCCUCCCCCACUGCCGGGAGGCAGGCGGCCGAGGGGGUGUGGGGGGAGAGCCCCGCCCCCGCCGGGCGUGUGUGUCGGGUGCGUCUGGGGCCCGCGCGGCUUGCGCGCCCUCAGCCUUUGCGCCUCCUGCACCCGAAAUCCGGCUGCCGCCCCUGCGCCCCUCGUCCCGCCGGGCGUCGCGGGCCAACAUGGGCCAGGAAGAGGAGCUGCUGAGGAUCGCCAAGAAGCUGGAGAAGAUGGUGGCCAGGAAGAACACGGAAGGGGCCCUCGACCUUCUGAAGAAGCUGAACAGCUGGCAGAUGUCCAUCCAGCUACUCCAGACCACCAGGAUUGGAGUUGCCGUGAAUGGGGUCCGCAAGCACUGCUCUGACAAGGAGGUGGUGUCCUUGGCCAAAGUCCUCAUCAGAAACUGGAAGCAGCUGCUGGCACCCCCUAAAGGAGAAAAAGGAGAGGAAAGAGUAAAAGCAAAGAAGAAGGAAAAAGGGCUUGACUGUUCAGAUUGGAAGCCAGAGACAAGCCUUUCUCCACCAAGGAAAAAACGAGUGGAAGAGCCCAAAGACAGGAGAGACUCUGUGGACUCCAAGUCUUCGGCCACCUCCUCUCCAAAAAGACCAUCGAUGGAAAGAUCAAACAGUGGCAAAUCGAAAGCAGAGACUCCCAGAACACCCAGCAGCCCCUCGAGCCCCACCUUUGCCCCCUCCGUCUGCGUCCUGGCGCCCUGCUAUCUCACGGGGGACUCUGUCCGGGACAAGUGUGUGGAGAUGCUCUCUGCAGCCCUGAAGGCGGACGACGAUUACAAGGACUAUGGGGUCAACUGUGACAAGAUGGCAUCAGAAAUCGAAGACCAUAUCUACCAGGAGCUCAAGAGCACAGAUAUGAAGUACCGGAACCGCGUGCGCAGCCGCAUCAGCAACCUCAAGGACCCCAGGAACCCCGGCCUGAGGCGGAACGUGCUCAGCGGGGCCAUCUCCUCUGGGCUCAUUGCCAAGAUGACGGCAGAGGAAAUGGCCAGUGAUGAGCUGAGGGAGUUGAGGAACGCCAUGACCCAAGAGGCCAUCCGUGAGCACCAGAUGGCCAAGACAGGCGGCACCACCACUGACCUCUUCCAGUGCAGCAAAUGCAAGAAGAAAAACUGCACCUAUAACCAGGUGCAGACACGCAGUGCUGAUGAGCCCAUGACUACCUUUGUCUUAUGCAAUGAAUGUGGCAAUCGCUGGAAGUUCUGCUGACAGAACCACCAGCCAGGAUUUCAGUGAACAAGGUGAGGAAGAACAAAGAGAAAGCACUAAGCCAUCGUAACUGGAGAAAAAUAAAAAUUAAAACGAAGAAAAGUACUUAACUCUGAAUGGGGCAUUAGGGAUCAGAGGGAGAAUUCUUUUACAAAUUAAUAAUCAGUUAUUAAUAGUGAUUGACUAAUAGGGGGAGGCUAAUUGGGGUACAAUGCUUAGUCCGUGUUGACAGACCUCUUGUAGAAACUCAGAGCCUCAGAGCUGAGGUGCCGUAUCUUUGACAGUGACUGGUAGACCUUUGCUUUGAGUCCCUUCCUUCACAUCUGAACCUCUUGGCCUUUUCUGAGUUGAAAACUACCAGACCGACUCAAAUCUUACCCACCCCACCAUGAAUCACACGUGCAGAACAGUUGGCACAUGGUUUGGCAGAUAUGACUUCCACAUCGUGUAGAAAGAUUUCUUCCCCACUCCUCAUCUCUUCCCAGACUCUCUGCUAUUCCCUGUUCCUAGCUUGUUUGGGGGCCUUUGAGGACUCCAGACCUGGUCCCUCUAGGCAGGGGACACAUCAUCUUGAGCUGAGGGUUUCUGAGUGAAGUGUACAGUGGUGCCCAAGUUUGGUGGCCCCUGGGAGGUCCUGAGCCUUGGAACCCAUCCAGGCCCAGGCAAUGCGUUCCUCACAGCUCUAUUGUGGCCCGAGCUACAGAGGAAGUCUGCAGUGCACAAGGGCCCUUGUUGUGUUUCUCCCGUGAUGAAAUUGGCUUGCUUUUUAAGCUGAUAGGAAUUUUAGGCAAAUCUGGAACCUUCUGGAAAAGACUUGGGGGCAGGUCUGGUGGAUCUGUCCUGGGUCUCAGUCACUGACUGUCCGUGGCCUUCCAGCAGCCCCAGGCUGAGGCUCCUGGACCGUGUUUUCUAAAAUAACUAACGCAUAAGAGCUUGUGAACUCCUGGGAGCUUGGGCAAGUCACUUAACCUCUCUGAGCCAUUUCCUUACCCAUCAAAAAUGGGAGUGGUACUAGUGCCUGCUUCAUAGAGUUUCCACGUGCCUUGGUUCACACUUAGGGUAGCUGUUGGGGUAACUUCAGCCCAAGUUUCUUACGUGCCCUGGCAGAAUUGGUUAUCACCUUCCUCCUUCUACCCAAGUGCCUCCUCCUGUAGAUGAAGCCUGUAAAUAAACUGUGUACAGAAACCUGCCACCAUCUCCAGGUUUUCAGCGGUCAGAUUUGGGGUGGGUCCUUUGGAAGGACUGAAAAUCCUCUCACAGAAGAUACAAUACACACAGCUCAUAAAUGGCAGAUCCAGGACGGAAACCCAGGUCUCCUGCUUCCUGUCAUUGUGCUUUAUGCUCUGAAAAAUCCAGGGCCAUACACAGUGCUCGGCCUCUACCUUCCAGGAGCUCCCAGCCUGGCAGGGGAAGAAGCCACAGGUAGAGACUUCCACACCAGAUGGGCUGUGAUAAAGCCUGAGGUAUGAAUAUUACCCACAGAAGUGUAGAAGGGUGUUGCUUAGAUACCCAGGUGCUUUUUAAACUGUAAUAUAGGUGGGAAUCCCCUGGGGAUCAUGUUAAAACGCAGAUUCUGAUUCAGUGGGUCUGGGGUGGGGCCUGAGAUUUUCUUCUUUUCUAACGAGCGCCCAGGUGAUGCCAAUGCAGCUGGUCCACAGACCACACUUGAGGAGUACUGGCUGAGACAUCCAGAUUUUUCUCUGCAUUAUCUAAUCCUCCAUCCAAACGUCUAGAAAUCAAAAGCAGAACAAAAUAGCAACCACUAUUAAUAUAAUAAUAUCAAUAAAUGUUACUUUUGGGCUUUUUAAAUAUGCCACCCUGGGGCGAUCUUCAGUAGUCACAGUCUAAAUGUCCAUUGUGCUCCCGGUGUCACAAGGAUUUACAGCAUAGGAAAAAAUACAAAACUCAAUAACCUUACUGUUUACAAAGGAGAUGAGUCAGAUUAAACAGCAGAAGAACAAGUCGGCUCCAGUUCGCACAUCUAUACAGUACACAUCUACAUUCGCAAAAGGACACAGAAAAGCAUGAAUAGGCCUCAGACUGUGUUCAUCAGCAGGCGUCAAUACCCUCCCCACUGGUCUUCCUGUGUCCACCCAGGACCCCCUCCAGUUCAUGCUCUCCACUGCGCUGACCAGAAUAGGCUUUUCAAAAUUGCAAGUCUGAUCAUGUUACAGCCCCUGCCCCACCACUCCACCACCCCCAUUUGCAACCUUCCAUUUUUUCCCGCUACUCUUGGCAGGGCCUAUAAGGCCCUGCAGGGCAGGCCUCUGCCUCUCCCCGACACUUUGUGCUCCAGCCACACUGGCCGUGCUGUGUUCCUCCUCGUCACACAGGCUUUGCACAUGCUGUUGGCCAGAAUACAUGGUUUAACCCCAUCGCCUCCCUAAUAUCAAAGAUGAAGAGGAAAAAAAAACAAUGAAGAGGGUGCAAGCUUCAAGGGAGUUAGUGUUAACUCUACCUCCCUGAAAGGCUUCCUAGAGGGAGGGAGAUUGCUGCUACCUUACAGGAGGAAAAAGACGACAUUAGGUGAAACAGAGAAGCAACGUGGCUGGGAUGGAGGAAGGAAGGUCUCACCAGGAAUGUUAGGGCCAAAUGACCUUGAAAACCAGAGUCAAGAUCCUAUGACCAUGUAUAUGUAUAACUGAUUCACUUUGUUAUAAAGCAGAAACUAAC